AUGCUUUACCUUUUCCCCGUCUCUGUACCCACUCUCUCCACACCCACUCUCUCCACACCCACUCUCUCCACACCCACUCUCUCUGUGCCCACUCUCUCUGUGCCCACUCUCUCUGUACCCACCCUCGCUGUACCCGCCCCGGCCCUGAUCAUUCUUGCAGCUGUCUCGCGCAAGAAGUUUCCCGCCUCUCCUCCCCUCUCUCUAAGGUGCACCUCUACUCCCAUCUUUCUAAGCCAGUCACCUUACCCUUCCACUCCCCUGUCGCCCAGCCUUCACCUUAAUCCCGCGUCCACCUUCGUCCCAACCAUCAGAAAGAGUUACCGCAUCCAUGCCCGCCUCUCCCUCCUCAACUCCUUCGCUGCUGAUUUCAUCUGCGUUCAGGAGAUGGAGCACAAGCAUUUACUUCACACGCCGAUGGCUCUAGAGGGAUGGCAUGUGGUGUAUGCCAAGCGGCCAGGCCCACAUGCUGAUGGUAGCGGCAUCUUCUACCGCUCUGAAAGGUUUCGAGUGAUUUGUUCCAGCGUAAUCAACUUCAACGACCUCGUCCCUGAAGAUGAAGGAACAGACAGUGCUUAUACAAGGCCUGCUUAUAAGGAGGAUGGGGAGCACCAUGAGCAGCAGGCCAAGCAUCGGGUUGAGAGCCCCCGCAUGGAGCAUUAUCAUGGUUCGGGUCAUCACAUUCAUUCAUUGGACGAAAAACAUCACUUGGACCAGCGGCAGCAGGAGGAGCAGCUGCAAGGGCAGGAGGACCGUCGUGGUUCGGGUCAUCACAUUCAUUGGUUGGACGAUCAUCACAUGUGCAAUGAGAAGAUCGACCCUGACCAUCAAGAAGGCGGCGCACCUGGUGGAGGUCGCAUUGUCAUCGUGGUCUCGUCCCACAUAUACUGGAACCCCAACUGUCCUGAUGUGAAACUGGCGCAGGCCCGGUACCUGCUGCAGGAAGUGUCACGAUUCAGAUCGGAUAUAGAAGCCCUUUAUUAUCACCACUGCCACGGGGCAUCGCAGCUAAGUGCUGACUUUAUGUUAAGAGGAGGCGGUUUUCACGCGGAUGGUUCGCGCGUUGAGGGGAAGAAGGAGAAGAAUCAAAUUCCGGUGGUCAUUUGUGGUGACUUCAACUCGAAGCCUGGAGACCCAGUUGGCUUUGCACUUGCAUUUCCCUGGUUUAGCAACAACUCGUACUACGCGUAUCUGGAGGCCAUAGAUCGGCUGCACGGUGCAGUGCGGUUUAUAGAGGAGGAGCUAAGAAACGGCCGUUUGUUUCCCAACCUAGACGAGUUGAGGGAGGCGAUGCUAUCUGAGGAAUCACCUGACCACAUAUCACCGCCGGAGAUGGUGGAGGCUGCAGCCAUUCCGAAACUACAUGCCAUGGCCCAGCGGUUGAUCGAUAACGACUGCGCGCCAGACUGUUGCAAAAUGUACCGCGAGAUGCGGGAGGCGGCGCUGAAGCGCAACUUCCAGCGGCUGGGCGUGCAGCAGGUGACCAAGGCGGAGAUCCAGAGCACCCCGUGGCCGCGGCUGGAGGAGAAGAUGCGGCGCUGGAGUGAACACAUGCACAUUGGGAUGAUUCUGGUGGCGGGCGAGAGGGAGGCGUGCGACCAGGUGUUUGCAGGCCUGGAGAAGCACGGCGAGCAGUGCUUUGUGGAUCUCUCCCGCUCCUGCAUCAUCCUGCUCACACACUUUGGCGAUGCCAUCUCAGUCAUCAAAAAAUCCCCCGAGCGCCUCUUCUCCUUCCUCGACAUGUACGAGACAACGCUCGACCUCAAGUCCACGGUGGAUGAGCUAUAUCGAGCAGAGGAGGGCAGGGCAGUUCGGGACAACUACCAGGAACUGCUGACGAUUUUGGGGCGGGCAGCCCGAGACACGUUUGAAAAGUUUGAGGACGCGGUGAAGGCACAGCCGACGGCGGAGGAUAUGAGCGGCAUGGGGGGCAUGGGCGGCAUGGGGGGUAUGGGCAGCAUGGGUCAGCCUGGAAACGUCCCCCGUGCGGAGAUGCUUCGAAACGGAGGGUUCCUUAACAAGCUAAAGAAGAUGAUGCUGAAGGCGGACGACAAUAUGAGCGAGGUGGGCGGGCAGCAGGACGUGGCAGCAUCCAACGCCAGUGGGGACGUGCACCCCAUCACCAGCUACGUGGUCAACUACCUGCUGCUGCUCUGCAACAGCGACCUGCCGUACUUCUCCAUCCUGGAGUGCGUGUUUGAGGACAUGGCCAACACCGCCAACGAGGCCGGCUCCUCCAUCAUCACGCCGCGCGUGCAGGGCCGCCUCGCCUUCGCUGCUGCUCGCAUCCUGGAGGCCCUCAAAGUCAACCUGCAGCACCGCGCUCUCAUGCUGCGCGAUGACGCACUGGGAGAGCUCUUUUUGAUGAACAACCUGGCCUACGUGCUCACCAAAAUAGACGCUGCGGACGCAGGCAGGUUGCUGGGAACGGCAUGGAUUGGCAACUACGGGGCCAUAGUGGACAGCCAUCGCGACCGCUUCAUCAACUCCUCCCUCGCCAAGUUUGACCCGGUGUGGUCCGAUGACCGCCUCGACACCGCCUCUCUCGUAAAAAGGCUCAAGCUCUUUAACUACACAGUGGAGCAGAUGAAGCAACGCUACAUGGCGUGGACCAUUCCUAACCGGGAGUUGCGGGCGCAUGUCAAGAAGAUGACUCUUAAACGGUUGCUGGACAAAUACAGAGACUUCAUCGUUCGGCACAGGUAA